CCCCUUCCUCAGCAUUGGUCGGAGGACCUGUCUCGCGGGAUCAUCCAUCGAUCAUGUCCUCACCUACAGCCUCCGGCUCAGAUGACUCGAAACUCAAAAUAUCCGACCACUUACGCGUCGCUACAACAGACUCUAUCACUUGCCAGUGGAGCCAUGUAGUUCCUGGAUUGCCACCCUGCACCCGUUCUUGCUCCCGCUGAACGUGUGGAUGCACAUCCGCACAGCUCAUGUGCUCGGUAAUAGCUGCAAGUGGGGCGAGUGUCAGAGAAAGGGUGACUAUUCUAAUCUCAAAAGACACGCCAAUGGUGAUCGCCUCUGCAUUAAGUGGAGAUGUCCCUUAGUCAAGUGCGACCUCUUACUCUCUAGGGUCGGUUCGCUCGUGCGACACCUCAAGACGAAGCAUUAUUGCGUCUCUGGUGACGGUGUCGAAGGUGAAGAUGACAUCGAGUCCGCUCGUAGCAGCUUACGAGAUGCAAAAGAAGCACUGAGACCUCUAGAGGCCUCCGAAGCCAGUCGUAAACGGGUUUUGGACGAGGACUUGGAUCAAUCCGCCCGGAAAAGGCCAAACAAACGCGUCCGGUCCCAAUAGUUAUAUGCUAGCUGCGUCAUAUUUCGUUUGCUUCAUCUUCCACUUCGUUUUUAAUACUCUCUGUAUAAUCGUAACACUACUAAUUUCUGUAAUGAUAGUAUGUGUACUGGACAAACGGGCGGUCGAUGUAAAGUAGGACUCGAAAUGAACUAUAUCCCGCACACGUUCACAUGAGCUCAGCGUUGAGAAGUAUGCGGUUUUGGGACUUUCGUAUGCUGUUGCAUACAAAUAUCUAAACUUUCCAGUUGUACAUUAU